UCUCCCCCUUCAUUUCUCUCUCUACGUCUCUCAAUUUCCAUCUCUUUCUCUCUCACACGACAAUCGGCAUCCCUUCUCCUCUAUCCACCUAUUCCAUCUUCUCUCUAUCCUUCCACUGGUGACGUUGGACGCUGCGGGGAUAGGCAAGAUCGAUGCAGUUACAAGAGACCAACGUCGACGCUAUAGGGAGAGGACCGGCGCCACUGCCGACUCCGAGCUCUGUCUUGCCGUUGAAAAGGGAGCUCUGUCGCUGUCGAGAUCUCUACCUAGGAAAGUGGAUAGUUCGUGUAGCCCAGCAAUGACCCGCUUGUGUAGCCCAGCAAUGCUCUCAUUGCCUCCGCCUCUGCUCGCACCUCGCAGUACCGGUUUAUAGCUUUCAAUGUGUAUUUCUUGUACAAAAUUUACAAAGGCAAAAUGAAAUCUUUGGCUCUCUCUUCUUCUUCCUCAUCAGUCCCUCGAAUUCUUUUUUCUCUCGUUCAACAUUAUUGUGUAUCAUCGUUCUCUUCUGUCCCAGAAAUAACAGAUGUCCCCAGUCCCAAACCUGCUGCUGCUGUUGACUCCAACUGGACCUCAGAGUCCGAAAAUUCAAGCAAGAUUAAAACUUUUCAAAUUCCCAGUUCAGAAAACCCAGUUUUGACCCAAACCCAUGUCAUGGAAACUCUUUUAUCUAAUAGGAAUGACCCAUUUUCAGCACUUGAGUACUUCAAAUGGGUUAAGAAACAGAGGGGUUUUGCGCGUGGAAGUGUGGAUCCUUUCUGUCUCUUGCUGCACAUUCUGGUAAGUUCUGGGAGCCAUAACGGUGUAGCUAGGAAUUUGCUUAACAGUUAUGCAUCUAGUAAUUCAGUUCCCUCGGCAGCUGUUCUUGUCGAUCACUUAAUUGAUUGUUCAGAGAGAUUUGGUUUUCAGUUAGAUGCGCGGGUUUUUAAUUACUUGUUGAAUGCAUAUGUUAGAGCACGGCGAUGUGAAGAUGCUGUUGAUUGUUUUAAAGCAAUUAUUUCUUGUGGUAUAGAACCUUGGGCACUGAUUAUGAAUAAUUUUUUAAGUACUUUGGUUAAAAGAGAUAUGAAUGAAGAGGCUUUGACUUUGUUUAAUGAUGUCAUUUUAAAUAAAAUUAGUUAUGAUUGUGCAACUGUGAAUGUGAUGAUGUGUGCGUGUUUAAGGGAGAGUAAGUUGGAGGAGGCCGAGAAGUUUUUUGUGGAUGCCAAGGGUAGUGGAAUGAAGCUUGAUGCGGCUAUUUAUACUACUGCUGUUCGAGUUGCUUGUAUGAAAUUGGAUGCUACUGUUGCAUGUGAUUUGUUGACUGAGAUGAAGAAGAUGGAUUGGGUUCCUUCUGAGGGUACAUUUACAAAUGUGAUAUGUACUUGCGUGAAGCAAAGGAAUUUAACUGAGGCCUUAAGGCUUAAGGAUGAGAUGAUAAGUAGUGGAUAUUCGAUCAAUUUGGUUGUUGCCACCAGCUUGAUGAAGGGGUACUGUCAGCAGGGAGAUUUGAUCAGUUCUUUAGAAUUGUUUGAUAAGAUUAUCGAAGAUGGACUGAUUCCCAACAAGGUCACUUAUGCAGUCCUUAUUGAAGGAUGCUGUAGGAAUAGAAACAUGGAGAAGGCACAGCAGUUAUACACUCAAAUGAAAUAUGCAGGUAUCCAACCAAGCAUCUAUGUUAUGAAUUCCUUGAUUAAUGGAUUUUUGGAAGCUCAACUGAUGGAGGAGGCCACCAAGCAGUUUGAUGAAGCUGUUGAGGUUGGUGUUGCCAAUGUAUUUACGUAUAAUAAUAUGUUAUCCUGGUAUUGUAAAGAGGGAAGGGUGGAUGAAGCUUGCAGUAUAUGGGAUAAAAUGAUUGACCGAGGCGUUCAACCAACCACGGUUUCAUAUAACAACAUGAUUCUUGGAAACUGCAGGAAAGGGAAGAUAAAUAUAGCAUUAGACUUACUGUCCAAGAUGCAAGGAAAGAACUUGAAGGCUAACGUCAUCACAUAUAGUAUAUUGAUAGAUGGAUAUUUCAAGAAAGGUGAGUGUGAACUAGCGCUUGGUAUGUUUGAUCACAUGAUAAGCUUAGGCAUUGCCCCGACUGACUUCACAUUAAACACGAUUAUCAAUGGAUUAUGCAAAGUUGGUCGAUCUUCUGAUGCAAAAGAUAAGUUGAAAUGGUUGAUGAAGAUGGGAUUCAAUCCCAUUUGCAUGACUUAUAACAUCAUUAUUGAUGGCUUUGUAAAGGAAGGUGAUAUUAGUUCUGCAGUGGCUGUUUUCAGAGAGAUGUGCGAAAGGGGACUUUCCCCAAACGUGAUCACUUACACCACUCUAAUUGAUGGGUUUUGCAAAAGCAAUAACGUUGAUCUUGCCCUGAAGAUGCAAAAUGAGAUGCGAGUCAAAGGUAUUCAGUUGGAUGUAACCGCAUAUGGCACCCUUAUUGAUGCAUUUUGCAAAAGAAGUGACAUGAAACGUGCUGAUGAACUUUUUUAUGAAAUUUUGGAAGUUGGUCUAUCUCCCAACAGGAUAAUUUAUAAUACCAUGAUUAGCGGAUUCAGGAACCUAAAUAAUAUGGAAGCAGCACUUAAUUUAUAUAAAAAAAUGAGGAAAGAAGGAAUUCCAUGUGAUUUGGCAACGUACACCACAGUGAUUGAUGGGCUGCUAAAGGAUGGGAAUAUAGUGAUUGCUUCAGAUCUUUACGAGGAGAUGCGUACCAAAGGUAUAUUGCCGGAUGUGAUUCUGUACACUGUCCUGGUACAUGGUCUUUGUAACAAAGGACAGGUGGAGAAUGCACGCAAGGUCUUGGAAGAGAUGUAUAUAAAGAGUAUGACCCCUAAUGUACUUAUUUAUAAUACAUUAAUUGCUGGAUAUUUUAAGGAGGGGAAUUUGCAAGAGGCUUUUCGGUUGCAUGAUGAAAUGCUUGAUAAAGGUCUUGCGCCUGAUGACACAACUUAUGAUAUUCUUGUGAGUGGAAAGUUAAAAGAUAAUGGCUUGCCUGUCGGAGGUUCGAGUGUCUAAAUCACCACCACACUAAUUGCUUGCAAAACAUAUUCUGUUGUUCCAAAGGAGAGAAUCCCUGAUCUUACAUCUAUUCACUUGUCUAUUGUGCUGAAGACAUUUAUGAUGAUGGUGGUUUGGCUGUGACUCAAGUGAUGCUUGAAUACUUUGAUUUGUCUAGCACCUCUGACACAUUGACCUGUGAAGGUCCUUCAGGCAUAUGUUACAAGGCUUCUUGUGUAUGUUACGAAGUCUCACGACUGCUCACUGCUUCUUGUAAGCCAAAGAAGAAAUAUUAUUAUGUGAUGCUGCUGCUGUUGAUAAUCAAAAGCAGAAAUUGAUUAUUGGAUUCACCCAAAAAGGAUAGCUUGCGAAGGAGUGGAAGUUGUUUUCCAUAUGGCUGCUCCUGAGUCAUCCAUUAAUAAUCAUCAGCUCCAUCACUCUGUCAAUGAACCAAGAAUAUUAUUGACGCCCGUAUUGAGCUAAAAGUAAAAAGACUUGUGCAUACUAGUUCUCCAAGUGUGGUCUUUGAUGGUGUUCAUGGAAUAUUUAAUGGGGAUGAAUCGUUACCUUAUCCUGCUAAGGCAUACUUUAUUACCAAUUAGGAAGCAUACUUUAUUACCAAUUCGGAACCAAUCAAAUUUUUGGAGUUCAUGUCACUUAUUCUUAAAGGCAUUGGUUAUGAAAGUAUGCAGGCCAAAAAUAAAGAUUCCUGCUGCUGUUAUGAUGCCAAUUGGACAUAUGGUGGAGUUAAUUUAUAAGCUUUUAGCUCCUUAUGG